CUCGCUUCCGCCCUCGUCUCCGGGCUUCCGUGGAGCCGCCCGCUACAAAAUGACUCGCAGCUAGCAAACGUGUUGCGAGUGCUUGCAACUGCACCGCAGUCAUGUCCGCCCCCACGUCCCUCCCCAACGGCGCCACGCUGCAGGCGCUCUACGCGCACCCCCUGCCCAAUGCGCCCGGCCUCAAGAUCGUCGCGGUCAAGGUUACGUACGAGCCGGGCGGAUACACCGUGAAGCACCGGCACGGCGCGGCAUUCGUGGCCGCCGUCGUGUUGGAGGGGCGCGUUGAGUCGGGCGUUAAUGACGCGCCACCCAAGACCUACGGCGCUGGCGAGAGCUGGUCCGAGAAUCCGGGUGACUGGCAUACAGUCAGCCGCAAUGCCAGUGCGACUGAACCGGCCGAAUUCGUUGCAACGUUCGUUUGUCCCGUCGACCAGACGGAGUAUGUCAUCUUUGACUGCCCAGCGUGUGAGGUCGCCCGGGACGCCUAGCGCCUCUGCGGCGGCGGAUAUCGUGUUCCUAGGUAGUCCCGUAAAUGCAACGUGCUUUGGAGCUUGGUGGCUGUCGGAAUGCAACACCGGAAUGCAAUGUGAUCUGCAU